UACACAAACAAAUACCGCGAAAUGUCAGUUGUUAUUGUCAAUAGGAAAACAAAAAAAUCAUAAAAUUCUAUUUUAUCACUUUUUUAAUUGUGCGUUUUAAUAAUUCUUAUUAUUAAUUUAGUGUUAACAACUAAUAAAAUGUGCUAAAAUGGAAAAAUCCGCAUUAACUGAAGUAAAGGCUAUACUUAAGUCUUUAGUACUUUCAAGUCCUGACAAAAUUACCAUUGAACAAUUGAAUCAUGAUUAUCGUGAUGUAGAAGGACAAAUUAUACCCUUUCGCCGGCUAGGCUAUGGCAAUUUGGAAGAAUUCUUACGUUCCAUACCAGAUACAUUAAGGGUAUUUGGCAGUGGUCCAACAGCUAUGGUAUGUUUUGUGGCCAAUGAAAAGUCUGAUCAUAUACAUGAUAUGAUAAUGAGACAGAAAAAACCUAAAUCCAAGGCGGCACGAACAAGAGCUAAAAGUUCGGCACGCCCUAGAAGCAAUCCACCCCAAAGAAGUAACCGAUUUACGGGAAAUAUUAGACAACCCGCUAGAACUGUAGGACAACAAUUAUCACCCUUUCAAAGUGUUAAUCGCAACCAUUUUACUAAAACUGUUCAAGUGAGAGAUAUACCCCAAUUGGUGAAAAAAUCCAAUUAUGUGCCACCAAUUUUAGACCAUCAAAUGAUGUACGCUUUACCACAACCAAGUGGUAUAGUUUUGAAUACUGAACAGAAUUUAAAUUUACAAUAUGGCAUAUUUAAAGCUUUAGACGACCAGGCCCGAAUGUACCAAGAACAGGUCAGACAGUUAAAUAGUUUGUUGAAAAAACAAUGUAGUGUAACAGCACCCCCGUCAAAAGCUCUUGCAACUGAGCCGCCACCACCUCUUCCCCGACAACAAACAAGAACUGUUAAAUUUUCUUCCGAUAUUAAUUCAUCCGCACAAAAAGAAAUAGAAACUAAAUAUGAAUCUCUUGAGAAAACACCAAUCGAGGAUGAAAAAGAAUGUAUUGAUUUAAAUCUUCCUAAAGCUGUUAAACAAAUGCCUAUUAAAUUAUCGGAAGAAGUAGAAAAUCUACUCGAAAUGCCUAAACUUAACAAACCCAUUAAUACCAUAAAGGAGUCUAGCUAUGUGCAUGAUAGUUCUGAUAAAUUGCAAAAAAACGAUAUUACUCCACUUAAGUUGGAAGUAGCUACAGAAGUGAAAGAGAAAAUAAGAUUUUUUGAUGAGAGUACUGAUAAAGUCGAAGAUCCAGAUGAAGCUGUACCCUCAUUUGCUGCUAAAAACAACGUCUUCCGUUUAGAUUUUCCCGAACACACUGUGCCUUAUGGCUUUAAAAUUGCACCUUAUAAACUAUCUGAUGACAUUACCGUUGGAUCGUGUAUAAAAAUCUUUAUAUCUGAGAUACACAAUCCAUUUAAAUUUUGGUUUCAUAUACAUAAAGACAAUCAUGAAUUGGAUGUGCUGAUGUAUCAAAUUGAACGUUAUUAUUCCCCACUGGAGGCUGAGGACUUGCGUAUUCCUAUGAUGUGUUUAACACCCGGACAAGUAUGUGCUGCUUGUUAUAAUGGUUUAUGGCAUCGUGCUGAAAUUGUAGCUCCUCCUGUUAAUACUACCAUUAAAGUUUCCUUUAUGGAUUAUGGUACGGUAACGGAAGUAGAAACAGAAAAUAUAAAAUUUUUAGCCUCAUAUUUUGCACAAUUACCGGCUCAAGCGUUAAGAGGUUGCCUUUCUCAUAUUAAACCACGUGCUUUUCACUGGAGUCAUGAGGCAACAACUUAUUUUCUGACAUUAGUGACUGAAUUGAUGUUGUAUGCAAAAAUUGUUGAAAUUGAUAGAGAGCAAAACAUUUUAUAUAUGGUAUUGUGCAACACCAACGGUGAGGAUGUGGUACAGGUUAAUAAAUCAUUAGUGGAAAAACGUUAUGCUCUAUAUAAUGAGGAUUGGAAAGCCCAAAAAAUUAGUGAAAAUAAUGGAAAACGUAUACAUCAUCCACGGGAAGAUUUUCCUACAUUUUCCAUGAUAGAAUCAGGUGAAUAUCCUAGUUUCAUCGAACUGGUUAAACUACAGCAACGCGGUAUCGAUUAUGAAUCAAUUUAUGAUAUAAUUAUCUAUAACCAAUCGACUAUUUUAAAUAAACAUGAAAAUGCUCCUGAACGUAUAAGGAAUUUACCAUAUUUCCUAACGACUUCAAAUCCCUUUCGUUCUGAAAUUUUAUUGGAAUUAUAUGCUACAACAUCGACUGCUAUAUAAUACAUAAUUUUGGACGUGAAAAUGUAUUGGGUAUGUUUAAAGACUUUUUUUAUUAUUAUAUUAAAUUAGUAUUACAUUCAUUUAAAGUACUGAAGUUUAAAAUGGGACUAUUUAAUGUUAUAUUUAUGAUAUUUCUUGUAUUUAAGUUGAACAGUUUUUUUCUAUUAUUUUUUUAUGUUACAGAUCUUUUGCGUUAAAGAUCUUAGGAGUAUUACAUUUUUUGUUGUUUUUUUACUGAAAAUCUAAUUGUUUUUUCUUUUUUUACUAUAUAAAUGGACGUAUACAAAAAUUAACAAAAAUGUUUUUUUAAUGAAUUUUUUAAUUCACGUUGCUAAUGUUGGUUUAACUCAGUUUUUCUUUAAGUUGAGGGUAUUCUCUUUUAGCUUAAACUGUAGAAUCAUUGCGAUUUUUUGUGUUAAAGAUUUAAGGAGUUUUAACUUUCUACUAUAUAAAUUUGGGGUAACUUUGUGUUCUAAUGGGGCCCUUAAAAGUGUUGUUAUUUUCUUUUAGUUAAAACUGCAGAAUCAUCAUGAUCUUUUGAGUUAAGUUGUAAGGAUAGAUAGAUAAAUAGAUAUAUAGAUAGAUAGAUAGAUAGAUAGAUAGAUAGAUAGAUAGAUAGAUAGAUAAAUAGAUAGAUAGAUAGAUAGAUAGAUAGAUAGAUAGAUAGAUAGAUAGAUAGAUAGAUAGAUAGAUAGAUAGAUAGAUAGAUAGAUAGAUAGAUAGAGAUCUAUCUCCGGGACCUGAUGGUAUCCUAAACCUCGUUUUAAAAGCAGUUGUAGAGUGGUGUGCUGAUCAAAUAUUACAGCUGAUGAACACCUGCUUAAAGUAUGGAUCAUUUCCGUCAAUUUGGAAAAGACAAAAGCCAUUAGAAGAACCGUCAUCGUACCGACCAGUCUGUAUGAUAGACCCUAGCGGAAAAUUAUUGGAAAGAAUUAUAUUCGAUAGGCUUAAACAAUGUAUAGGCCUAUCCAACAUGCAAUAUGGCUUUAGGAAACAAAGGUCAACAAUUGACGCAAAGAAGGCAAUAAAAGGCAGCAGCUGGAGGAAGGGAUCCAUAGAAUACUGUGCCCUCAUAAACCUCGAUGUAAAAAAUGCGGAGAAUAUUGUGAUAGCUCUUAUACGAUUCAACAUUCCAACUUAUCUCGUGACAAUAAUAAAAUAUUACUUUCGGCAGAGAAUACUUAUAUACGAAACUGACAAAGGAAUGAAAACCCAUAAUGCCACAGGAGGAGUUCUACGAUGAUCGAUGCUUGGAUCAUUGUUGUAGAAUGUGAUGUACGAUGGCAUCUUGAGGUUGCAGCUCCCAAACAGAGCAAAAGUUAUUGGCUUUGCCGAUGACUUAGCGUUGGUGAUAGUCUCGGAAAGUUGUAUUCAGUUGGUGAUAUCAUGGCUCUAUAAUAUUAGUCUAUCGCUAGCUGAGCAUAAGACGGAAGCAGUACUCAUAACUAUUCGUAGAUCGGUGGAAUACAUAAUUCUCCACAUUGGAAACUGUGAGAUAAAAACAAAAGAUUCUCUUAAAUACCUAGGAGUUCUGAUAGAACUCCUAACUUUUAAGCACCAUCUAAAUUAUGUAAGGUUAAACCUGUAGCUCUUUGCAGAAUAACGCCGAACACAAGGGGCCCAAAAUAUCUAAGGAGAAAUCUACUAGAUUCAAGUCCUAUAACGGAAAAAAUGGCUCUGUAUACAGACUUGCAGCGCUACCAGUAUGUUCUGCGUAUAGGAUGGUUCCGGAUGAUGCAGCCCUAAUUAUCACUGCUAUGAUACCAAUUGACAUAUUGGCAAGAGUGGCAAAAUACGAAUUUGAUGCAUGGCACUCACUUGGAAAUAAUAGAGAUUUUAGAAGUCAGAGUAUAGAUGAGUGGCAAGCAAGAUGGUCAGCAUUUACGAAAGGUAGAUGAACAUACAUAUAUGCUUAUACCAAAUGUUGAAGUCUGAUACAAAAGGCGACAUGGUUUUCUAAAUUUUUACCUAACACAACUCCUGAGUGGACACGGGUAUUUUCGUUCAUACUUAUUCCGUUUUUAGAGGAUCUGUGUUUUUUAUGUGUCCACGUUUCGAGACUAAUACAAGGAACUUGGAAAGACAGAUAGGGAGCAAAUUUUGCAGUUUUAAAACUGCAAAAGCAAGAGGAACUUAAAAAGAGAAUUGUGAAUAUAAACUAAGUGCAGUUCUAAACUGUUUUUCCCCCUGCAAUGAAAUACUUUUGCGGUGGUCCCUCAGGGAGUUGGGGUCAGAGAAAACGAGGUUGUUUUAGCGUGUUAAAGUCUCGCACUUCUGGUAUCAUCGGACAACCAGUCUUUCGAUGAUUUUUCCCUCGUUAAAAAAAAUAUAGAUAGAUAGUUAGAUAGGUAGAUAGAUAGAUAGAUAAGUUGAUAGAUAGAUAGAUAGAUAGAUAGAUAGAUAGAUAGAUAGAUAGAUAGAUAGAUAGAUAGAUCUAUUUAUCUAGAUUUAUCUGCGAACAAUUUCGUUCUCGUUGCUUGUUCUCUUAUCAUCAUGUGCAUAACUGAUCCUUAACUUAUCUUCGUUUCAAAAUCAGUCUUAUGCCGAUCAAUAAAAUAUUCAGACUUUAAAAACGAAAUUCUGAAACAUUUCACAAAAUAAAAAUACUUUGAUUGAUUUAUUUUUUUAUUUUAUAAGGCAAACGCUGUCCUUCUGGUU